GUAUUUACGUCCCACUUGGUACCGUUAGCUCAGGCUAGCUUCGGUAGCAACCGAUUCGACAAAUGUGUCUUUACGUUUAUAUUGAAGUCGGUACGUUAUUAUUGUAAUCAUUAAUUCUUACGCAUUACCGUCAGCCAGUGAAGAGGGUCGUUGCAGCCAGAAGCAAAACAAAAAUGGCGAGCCGCGUCUCUCUCCACUCGCAGCUCUCCUCCAUCAUGGACACGAUGACCAAGUCCGCGCUGAGUCAGAUCAGCGGCCUGGUGGAUGAAGACUCGGCGGAGCUGCGACUCGAGUUGUCUCGGCUGUUGCUCGCCAAUUCGGCCCUGGCGGACAAAGUGGAGAGUCUGGAGUGCGAGCUGACCAUUGUGAGGAGCGACGUGCCUAACUUGUUAAAACGCUCUCGCACCGUGGGAGUUCAAACUGUCUGCUACAGAGGCGGGGAUCCUCAUGUGCCUGGCUCUCCCGCCAUAGAAGGGAUCUUUGGAAGAGACUGGUGUAUGAAUCUGUGGGAAGACGGGGACCCAUAUCCUCCGGAGAGAGUCCCAGUGCCACCACAGCCUUCUGAUCAGUCUGUGACUACACUAUCCGACUACAUUACUGUGAAUGAGAUCAGAGAGGAGAGUGGCGACAGCUGCCAGGAGGAAACACUCCAAGAACAUGAAGAAAGUGCAUCUGUGGAGCCAGAGCAGGUGUCAGUCGGUUACUCGGCUAAUGGCAGCACUUGCAGCCUGUCAUUGGAUCAGGAAGGAGAACUGGUUGAGUCUGCAGCUGCUACUGAAGAACCAUCCGGUCAGCUGAUAUCCAUCAAUGACACAGAGGAAGCCUUCAGUACUCAUAUCAUUCCCAUCGAAGAGGAAGAGGAGGAGGAGGAGGAGGAGGAUGAUGAUGUCCAGUUUGUGGAAGAAAGUCAGCAGGAGCCUCCUAUGAAUGCCGCAGGUGGGCCAAGCAAUGAGCAGCAGACAUCACUAGCUGACAACACUGACAACAGUACUGCUCUUGACAAAGAUUCACAAAACUUUAUUAUGCUCAAUAUGGCAACUGUCAGAGAUCUUAACAAAGACAAAUUCACAUGCCAAAUAUGUAGCAGGACAUUUUACCACAAGGGCACGCUAACGCACCACAUGAGGUCACACAAGUCAAACUUCUGUAACAUUUGUAAGCAGCAUUUCCCUCACAGGUACAAGUUAAACUCGCACACCUGCGUGUCCCCAGUUCCUUCUCAAAGAGUCAGUAGAUCUUGUGAGCUGUGCGGGAAGACGUUUGCAAACCAAUCGGCUCUGAGCAUCCACUAUGUGGUGCACACGGGAGAGAAGCCCUACAGGUGCAGCUUUUGUGGGAAAGGGUUCACCCAGAAAGGCAAUCUGAAAUGUCACCUACGCAUCCAUACUGGCGAGAGACCGUUCCACUGUGUUAAAUGUGGGAAGACUUUCACGCAAAAGGUGAACCUCAACCAUCAUUUAAUGGCACACAGAAAUCGUGAGGCUGUGGGACACAAGCCUAAUGAUUAAACCUGUCAGCGAACAAUUACAAUGCAAGAUGAGUAGCUUUAUUAAUCUGAAUACCUAAUACAGUACUGCUCAAAUUGAUGUAAGGGUAGUUAAUGUCAUGUUUGUAAUGACUGUCUGUAGUAGCACAGGAAAUCUGGAGUGUGGAGCAAAAUGUCCUGUUAGUUUUUAUUUAAUCUUUUAGCAGUUCAGUGUCUUAAUUGUUGUUUCUUAACAAUAAAGAACAGUGAUGACUUUUUA